CCCCGUCAUCAUGCGCCGUACACUGUCAACAAAUAUCAUGCACAUCGCGUAGCUUCAUUGCUUCAAACAUGGGCGUCCAAAUGUCGACGCCCGAAGUUUCGUCCGACGACGAGGACGAGGACGACAAUAAUAGCCAGCCUUCCAACAGUUCGAAAAGUGACAAAGACGAAGACAUCAACAACUUGCCACACAUCCAAGAUCCAAUAAUUAGGCAGCCUUCUGUAAACCACUUAGCAAGUAUGUCAACUGUGGAAUAUGGACCAUCACCUUCACACGAAUCACCAUCGUUGCAUAAGCCGCAAAAUCAACCACCACCACCACCACCACCACCAUCGCGCAAACAGAAACAUCAAUCACCACAAUCACUACCUGAAUCUUCAUUGUUGAAUGCCGCAAUAGUUGACUCAGGCACCGUGGAUGCAGAAGCCGAAAAAAACAAAAAACUCUUGGAAUGGGAGUUAUCGACGUUAGAAGCGGAUGACUUGCGGUCACAUGCCUGGUACCAUGGUCAACAGAUAGACCGUACCGAGGCUGAACGACUUUUGCGCCAGUGCGUUGCCGAAGAGCACAGUUUUUCUACUACUACUAUAAUCACUGAGAAUACUAAUAAUAAUGAUACAAAUACGUCUCCGAACAAUGCUACUGUUACUGCCUCUACAGGGUCUUCAUCUUUACAACAGAAUGUCAAAGAAGAUUCCAGUGAUACGGAUGGUACGGAAGACAUCAGUAGUGAGAGCAGUGAUGUGGAUAUCGCGUUUGACGACUUCUCGAACAAACUUGUAGACGAAAAUGGUGUGGUACUCGAUCCGUCGGUGGCUACGUCUACUGAAAUUGCUGCGGCACUGCAGUUGAAACAGCGUCGUCGCCUGCACGGUGAGUUACAAACGAAAAGAUCCAAGCGACCUCGGCGGCAUUACUACUGUUUCUUAGUUCGAGACAGUCUAAAUGUUCGGCCACCAGGCAGAUACGUUAUGUCAUGUCUGCGAGUUGACAAAUAUGAAGACCUUGAAAUCGGAGACAGAUACAAAACCGAUGAACAACGGCGUAAGGUUUUCCGACAACAACAACGACGACAUCGAAGACAAAACGUACAUCCAGUAUUGCAUUUUGUCGUGAAUGAGAUAAUCCUGCAACCCGGAACAGUAUACGAGCGAUCGCAGUUCAGUUUUGGAGAAACCUUACCCUCAUUGACUUCCGGUAUUUCUACAGCAGUGGUAAACAGCAACGUUGGGCAUAAUGAACAACAGAGAUAUCAACCAGGAUUUGAUAGUGUACCUGAUCUGAUUAGGUACUAUGUUGGUGGUGCUGAUGACAAUGCUAUGUUGUUUUAUGGUGGUGGAAACGAUGGAAUUAUGACGUUUGCUCGGACACAACAAACUGAAGUACGGAUUCGGUAUCCAUGCAACCGGCGUCGUCCUCUGAUGACAGACAACAUGAUGGUUGAAGUUGCAACUCCAAAUAUUCUCCCGGAUAUGAUAGAAAAUUCUCGAUUAGUGCGACAACGUUGCAAUGCUUUAACUGCGACUUCUGCCAACACUGAAAGAUUACGGUUAUUAUCUACUUCUCCCAGUGGGUCUACAGAAGCAUCAACGUCAUCUCAAAAUAUGAAUCAUUUACGUCAUUCACCAUCGCCACCGCCUUAUACUUCAAAAUGGAUGCGCGUACAAUCUUCUUAUAGGCCAUCAGUUCGAAAUACUCCUUCAGCUACUGUAACUUCCACAAAGGUUACGUCGAUUACAUCAUUAGAGAAUUCUCCAUCAGCAAGAUCAGUAAAGCAAUCUCAAUCACAACCAUUUUCUUAUUACCCUCCAAGGAUUGAUCCACGACUAUCAAAUACAUCGAUAUCAACUCUACCACGUCAAUCAAGAUCACCACAGGACCUCAAAAAAACUUUCCCAAGUCGUUUUAAACCUGGAGACGCAUCAACAUCAGUUCAAACUCUACCACGCCAACCAAAAUCAUCUUUUCCACUUCCAUCGACCUCCGGAUCCUCGUCGGUAUCUGAACACCCUUCAUCUUCUGGAUCAAAAUUAAUAUCGGACCAAUUACGACAUACUCCAUCAUAUUCAGGUAUGACAUCAACAAAUACCCCAAAUUUGACGAUCUCUGAUUUAUUAUCUUCACCAUCAUCAUCUUCCAAGGACUCAUCAAGAUCUUUACAGAGUACAUCAUCAAGGAAUAAUUCUAUAAACGAUGAAUUUACUGAGUCGCCAUUCAGAGUUUUUAGUGUAACUGCGAUGGGCACGAAUGAAGAUGCUUCAGCAUUAGCCGUUGAUAUAGAUGCCCCUGGAACAUCAUCAUCAAAUAGAGAAAUGUUUAAUGAGCAUGCUGUUGAUUUGUUUUCGCUACCAUUUCAGAAUGUUGUGACGUCAUCAUUUAUACGCGUACGAGUACGCAAUGGAUAUCGCAAUAUGUUAAAUAAAACUGCGAGACCUUCGCAUUUGAACCAACUAAGGAGAUCUCCGAAUAUGAGUAUUCCAGAUAGCCAUUAUCCUAGGUCCCAUAGCUUCCGAGGUAGGUCAGCAAGCUAUCGAAAUCAAUCAGGAAGACCCCAAACUGCUAGAUCUAACUCUACUAUACAGAGUUCUUCGGGAAAUGAUGAUGAUGAUGAUGAGCAACAACAAUCGUCGUCAUCUGAAUCUUCUUCUGUUUCAACAUCUACGUUAAAGAAUGAAAAUAUUGAACGAAAUAAAAGUAAACAGAGACAAUAUAUAGAUCAAGAGGUUGAAAAUCAGACGAAUAGUAUAGAGAAAUGUGCAAAUAUAAAUCAAACAUUAUCAAGUGAUGAGCAGACAACUCCACAUCCAGUUUUGAACACAGAAAACUCACCAUCGGAAAUAUCUGAAAAUAAAAAUUUUCAGAAAUGCCGCACUCGUUGGACUAACUCAAUGCGUCAAGGGUUAGUUAAUAUGCUGGAACGACCACAUCCAGAUCAUCAACAUCGACAACUUACUCAAAUUACGGGGACAUCGAACCGUGAUCCCCGACAACGAGGUUCGCGGCAAAUACAUCAGGCGCCAACUGAAGACCAGAAGGUCGAUAAUAUUGCCAAAAGAAUUAAAUUUAAACCAUCAAUGAGCACAGACCGGGCAGCUACUUUAGGCCCAAUUGCUUUGCCUCAAACACAUACUACUUGCUGCUCCAUUCGAUCAUCAAAUAAUGAUCUAUCUAAAAACAUGAUUAGGCAAUGGGUAGGCUUACAAAGAAUUUCAAACCAAAAUAAUAACUCCGAUGUUGUAGAAGUGUAUAAUAAAGGCGGAAUACCUCUGGUCGCAAUUUUGUCUCGUAUUCGGCGACAACGGUGGCAACGACGCCAAAGCAAUAAAUUUGUGAUCGCGUCGGGGGACCACUUUUCGACGGCGGAGAAGUGCCACAAAAGACAUGUGUCACCAUCGAAAGAAAUUCAAUUGUCAGUGCGGAAAAAUAUAAAUUAUCCACAAGUGAAUCGGUUGUUACCCGGCUUCAGCAUCAUCAACCAAGAAGGUGAGGUCACUUCCGUGGUUAAAGUCGACCAAUUAAACACAAAUGCGACAUUUAGCGAAAUGAAUUGCCCUCUCACUACGACCACUGAGUGCAGUACCGGCAUAUCCGGUCAAGAAAUAGGUACUUGUUCUGUUGGUGUCGGCAGUAUUGGGUGCAAGCUGGAUUGUGAUUAUGUAAACAUCGAUCCUCACAUCGAAGACCACAACAAUUCGGUCGAUAAAGGUGACACCAAACAUCAUAACAUCAACUUUCUUAAGAAUAUCUAUCACGGAAAAAAACACCAAGUCAGCAAGCAACAAAGUAAUGAUAAUUGUAUUAGUCUUGUUGAUAACAACAUCGAAGUAUCUGUUGAUUAUGAAAAUGUAAUUUCUCACAAUACUGACCUUAGUUAUGAAAAUAUAGAUCAAAUUAGUGAUAAAAGACAACAAAAGCUAAUUAAUGAUUUGAAUGGAGGUAAUACCGCAGUUGCCGACGCGUUGCGUGCCGUUCACCUGGCAAUAAUUGGUGAUCCUGACGACACUGGUAGAACAACAGUAGGCACGGGAAAACUAGCAGCCGCCUUGUGUCGUGCUGAUGGUCAGGCCACUAUACUACCAUAUCGACACAAUUUCACUGAGGGUGAACAAGCUGAUCCACUUUUGAGUACAUGUCCGCUUCAACUUUUGAGUCAACCAGGACCAGCCGGACGUCGAGCUCGUCUGGAUGUAAUAGAAAGGUUUGCUUGUUUACAGUACCUGGUUACAAUGACGGUAAUAGUGACGCCAUGUCUGCUACUAAUUGGCAACGAUAGUGACAAAGAAAAUCUAGCAGAUGUAAAUCUUGAGUGGAGUUUGGAAGAUGAAUACGAAUAUCGACGUCAGCGGUUCUAUUACCGAUGUGCCGGUUUCAGUAGUUGGUGUGUCUCCGAUAAUGAUUCCACUUCUGAUGAUGACGAUGAGAGUUAUAAAUUAACAGCAAAUUCAGAUUUUGACUCUGGUUAUUCAUUGCCACCAAGGGAAGAAUGGGCUGUUGAAAAGCGUCACUGGUUGGAUCUAUUAACUAGACACAGAGCAGCUGCCCUGGAUAAGUGGAUUCGUACGGCAGCUGAUGCAAAACAAGCAGUGGGUGAUGUUUAUGGUUAUCGUGCUCUUAUGUCUGCGUUAUGCUCUGAUAGGAUCCAGGCACUACACGAUGCAUGGGCAACUCUUCGUCGUCUGCAUACUGCCACAGCCGUGACAUUUGAAUCCCGACUUCGUCCCGAGUUUCUGGGUCGCAGAGAAAAAAAUGUAGUGACAGUGUUGGGCACUAACGACAUUGAAGACAAUGAAGUAAAUGAGCUACUACAGCUUCCACCAAAUGCAACAAUACCUGAUGCAACAGCAUUGGCUGUGCUUUACGAACAUUUGUAUAAUGACAAUACUUCUGAUGUUGGUGGUAUGAACAAUAGUGCCGCCAGCUCAAACGAUAUUGGCAAUAAGAAGGAAAAAGACCCUAGAUUAUCAUCGUUUUUUACUUCACCAUUGUUGCUGUCACCCUCGCCAUGGUUAUCUCUUAACAGUGGUAUAAGCGGUGGACUAGGAUCAUCGGUAGGGUAUGAUUAUGGACUAAGUGCACUUCAUAUUCUAUGUAUCCAAUACUCUGAUUGGGUGCAGCAAAAUAACAGCGAUGAUGAUUCUAUAUUACCAUCAAUGAAAUCACCAAUGUUACAACUAGACCGGUUUCGUAGUAACUUUCGUGCACUAUUACGUCAGUAUAGUGGAGAUGGCUUUGGUGAUUAUGACGACAAUGAUGUGAGGUUUAAUUAUGUACCCUCCGAUUAUAAAGAUGUAAACCUCUAUAAAGAAAAAAAUUCUUCCUACCGCGAAGAAUUCAAUUACAAUAGAAACGACGAAUUUGCAUACGAACGACAAUAUGAAGACAAUGUGGAGGAGUAUGGCACAAGUGGUGGUGAUAAUGAUGACUGCGGCGAUGACGAUGAAGAUGAUGAUGCUACAGUUAUCUGCUGUAAUAAUAGCAGUUAUCUUUCAUUGAUGAGAAACGAUGCAGUUAAUACCUUGUCCGGGGGCCCACACGUUGCAGCUAAAGCAGAAAAUCAACAAAAAACUACAACAAAAAAUGAGAAAUACAUCCACCUUAAAAAACAUCAAGAAGAAGACCUAUAUGAUCGCUGGAUCGAGGAUGCGAGUGGUUAUGGUCAAGGCCCCGCACCACUGAAUAUAGUGUUCUGUACUGAGCUUCAUGUCCGCCUAUUUUGGCCCCCGACGCUUUUCCUUCAAGACAUUAAUGACGAUAAAGAUAUCAUUGAUCAUAAAUCGGCUAUACCCGCCUAUGCGUUAGGUACGACCUACGUGGCGACCGCAACAGCCGCUUUCAAUCAUGAAGAUAAAUCUACCAACCAUUUGCUACCGCCAUUGACCCUGGAUCAUAUAAUAAUGGCACAAUUGGACCAAGCUGCUCAAGAUAUGCGUCUCAGAUACAAAGCCAUGGACGAAUUUUUGGAUAGAGCAUGUGCCUACUCAACGUCUGUCGCUAAAAUGGUCUACUAAGAUAAUAUCAACGGUGGGCAAACAACAACAGCAUUAUCCGCCAUCAUAGUAUGUUCAAAUGAAAAUGUACUCCGGCAAAUCUGCUGCAGAGAUAGAAUUGUGCUGAACUACAUUGGAGUAACAAAUUCUAUAUCGACAUUAUAAUACAAGUGAAGCAGAUUUCCAACUGCACACCAUGUACUAAUACGAUAGAAAAUUGUAAGUAUUUCUUGUUUAUUUACGAUAAAUCAUAUACAAUUUUGUAAUUAAGUUUUUCAUGCUCUGUGUACAAUAAAUGGACCUAUUUCAAGUUUCAAAGACUAUCAAAGUUAAACAUUUUAAAGUAUUAUAACAGAGGCUAGAUACUUACGGGCAUU